AUGGCCGACCUUGGGAAAAGUGAGGACUAUGAGGAGGACGUUUGGGAGGACGACUAUUUUGAUGAGGGCGCCUUGGAUGAGAUGGAGGAUCUGGCAGAGAUCGAGGAGCUGGAGGCCAAGCAGGUGGCCUGGCGUCAGCAGAUGGCCUCCGCGAUGGAAAGCGGGGAUCCCGUGAACGGUCUCCCGCAGGGACUGCGGAUGCGCGUCGGUGAGCCCGAAACCCGCGACGAGGAGGCGCUCUCGCCGAAAACCAAUCUGGAUCCGCUGCCCAUGGCGGCGACACGCUGGGAAUUCUGGCUCCUAGCGCUCGUUUGCUUGGUCAGCCUCUGCACGACGGUGCACUUCACUUGGAAUCACCUUCUGUCACCAGCUACAGCGGCCGAUGGCCAAGGAGAAGUUGCUGCAGCCGCUGCAUCCACGUGCCGGCAGUGCAAGGCCGAGUGGUGGCAGGAUUUCUGGCAAUGGCGGUUGAAGGAGCUCCAGGGUCAGCCCUCAGAUCCGCCUCCGGGUAUGCAGUGGGAGUGGGGGAAUUCCAUAAACAACACCGACUGGUACCAAUCCAGCGAGGAAUUUGUAGAUGAGUUGGUGCGACCGUACGCCGACCCGGGGCUCGGCCCCGUCCUUCACCUGGGCUGUGGAGAUGCGCCUGUCCCAGAGCUGCUGCUGCGGGCCGGGUUUGCCGCAUCCACGCACAUCGACGUGGCCUCCCAGGUGAUCGAGGUCAUGCGAAGUCGGUAUCCGGCCAAAGACUGGCCAGGCUUGGACUUUCAAUUACGGGACUUUCUCAAGAGCGGGCCGCCGGCUGAUGCCAGAUACUGCGCAGUUCUGGACAAGGCUGGGAUCUGGGACUGGCUGCAGGAGGAGGCGCCGCAGAUGCUGCCGCAUCUGCUUCGUUUGGUUCGGCAGGCGCUGGUCCCAUCCCCCGCUGAGAGUGUGUACGUCAUUGCCACAAAGCAGACGCCGGCGGAGCUGGCUGAGACGUUGGCCAUUGUGCACAACAGGGAGGCUCUUGAUUUUCACGUCGAAGCCACCCGGAGGCUUGGAAACGCCGGCGUGGCCUGGGGGUACGUGCUGUCCCCUCUCUGA